UCUUUGAUUCCGGGGCCUGCCUCUGGGGCUCCUCAGGGGGUGUGGUGUUUCUGUCUGAGCCAGCUCCUGGGAAUGGCUUUUCCUUCCUCCAGGACCCUAGGACAGGACUGUGUUCACCCUGGGAACAGGAUCUUGAUUCCUGAGUCGCUGCUGCAGCCCUUCCCCCACCCCCUGACUCACUGUCUGGCACUUUUCUGGGGCUCUUCAGCUAUCUUUCACUCCGUUUUCUUUCUUGGCCUCCUCUCUGCUGCGCAGUCUUUCUGUCUGCCUUCUUUCAGCCUCUGGAUCCCAGGUGGCACUCUUCCCUCCCUCCGUCUCCUCAGACCCAGCCAGGGGUCCAGCACUCAUGCCUGAAGCAGCCUUGCCUUUCCAGAACUCUGCCCGAAGCUUUGAAUGUUAACACUCUUCAGCCUUAGCGCUUAUCUUGGGUACACUUGACUGUGGAUCUCUGUCCAGUCCACACCUACCUCCCUGACAUCUGUUUACUCUUGAGGAACCCGGAGCCUCUGAGAUGCCACCUCACACUUGCACCCGAGUGAGCCAGUGUCCCUCCCCCUCCUCCUCCCCCUCCAUCCCCAAAGCCACCUUUGAACACUGUUCUUGCUCAGCCAGCGCUGAACCUGGCUGGGGGAUGGGCAUGUGUCUCCUCCUUAGAUUAGCUUUCAGGGGCAGGAAAAUGUCACACUAAGACCCCUGGGCUAAAGCACUGUCUGUAUGGCUGUCCUGCCCACUCUUCUGGGCCUCUCUCUGCCAGACUAUGGCCAUGCAGAGGUAGCAUUUAGCCUAGCCUUGAGGGAGGAGAGGCUGCUACACCAUGGUCACUUACAGCUCUUAAAGAGUUGAACCCAGGGUUUCAUGCGUGCCAGACAGCUGACCUAUGUCCCUGGUACAUGUGUCUGGCAUCCCAGCACUUGGGGGGUGGACACUGGAGGAUCAGAAUUGAGACCAUCAAGGGCUACACAGACCCUCUCUCAAUCAAGAUCUAUUAUUUUCCUAAAGCACUUGCCUCCAAGGUCAUGGCAUGGGUCUUUGAUUUGGGACUAUUUUUGUUGGAAAGUGUUCUGUCCAUAGCAGUAUCCCAAAAAGGCAGAAAGGGGGGGGGGGGGCUUUUGAGGUUCUUUUGGUAAUGCCUUUUUGGAGGAGGACAUUUUUCUCUGUAAAUCAGGUUGGCUUAAAACUCCAGGCAAUUCUCCUGCCUCGUUUGUGAUUGGAUAAAUGUGAGCUUCGAUACUCAGCUCAGAAAUGACUUCUGGAAGGGUGUAAGGCUCGGUGGGCUGUUCCAGUCUGUGGAAAACCCUGGGAGGGUAGUAGGGACAUGGCCUUGUGGGGAACUACAAACAGUGGUGUUCAGCAUGGGGACUGCAAACAGUGGUGCUUAGUAUGGGGGACUGACUGCAAACAGUGGUGCUUAGCAUGGGGGACUGACUGCAAACAGUGGUGCUUAGCAUGAGGGCCUGAUGCUCAGCAUGGGGACUGCGAGGUGGUGUUUCUGUCAUUUGGCUGCAGGGUACAGGGUAGCUCAGAAGAGACACGGGUGGUAGCAGGUGGGGGCAGAGACACUGAACAGGUGAGAAGCUCAGUGUGUGUGCUGAGAAGCCACCUCAGGGCUUUGCAGGAGCACUUCAGGGAGCUCCACCAUCAGGUGACCUACAUAGAAUGCAUACAGUAUAGGAAUGUCACUUGCAGUGGAGGAAUUGUUAAGCAUUUAACACCCUUGCAAACUACCACCCAGGCCAACCUCUAACCAUCAUCCUAUACACACACACACACACACACACACACACACACACACACACACACACCAGGAAAUCCCCUCACAACUGUCCCCAGGUCACACACACCCCCUCCUGGACUAUCCUGUCCUCUAGCUUGGCUGUGUAGAGGGCGGGUACAGUGCCCCUCUGAUUCUGUUCUCCCCUUUGUCAAUCUCUGCUUGCAUUUUCUGGUGCAUUCACCCCUGUGUCUCUGCUCAUGGGUCCUAGGGCUUACUAUUUUUUCACACUCACUGAGCACAAGAUUCACUGAACUUGACAUGUGUUGAUUUCUGUAUUCCUCCCCUCCUGGUGAGGUUCUAAUGUGUAUUUAUUUCCUUCAGGUCUCAAAUAGCAGAGGGUGAUCUUGAACUCUUGAUUCUCCUGCACCUACUGAGUGCUAGGAUCUAUAUUAAGUGUUCACCAUCCUGUCUGGCCUUCUGGGGCCUUCAAACAAUUAGAGACAGUGACUUAAUGAACCUGGCCAGGAUCACCCAGCCAAGGUCCAAAUUCAGGCAGCUGAUUUGGGCUCUAGGAUACCUCUCAAGUCUGCCUAUCCUGUAGGUGAACUUCCAGGACUAAGGCUGCCUGGGUGUGGGUGCAAGAAGAGGGGAGGGAGAAGCUGAGGGUGGCUGCAGGCUGCAGGUUUCUGGCUUGAGCAACUGGGUGGGUGGCAGCAGUUACUAAGACAGGGAACACAGGAAGAGGAACAGAUGGCAUGGGGGGGGGCAGAGAGGUUCAGUUUGGGGCCUGUGGAAUUGUGUAUUUCCAGAAGUGGGUCCUUGGUUUUGGGGGUCUCAGACCUGUGCCUUUUGUCUCAUGGGAAGCAACUGGAAUUGAGGGGGGGCUUCCUCCCUUCUUCCCCCUCAUGCAUUAGGCUGUGGUGGUGACUGGAUGUUUAGGGGCUACCUGUCAACUUGUGUAUAUAUGAGUGUGUCUGUGGUAAGGGUGCGUGUGCACGUGUGUGUGUGUGUGUGUGUGUGUGUGUCCGACCAAACACCCUAUCUCCUGGGAGAGUCUACAGGUUAGCUGGGCUGUUUGUGUUUGCGGUUUGACUCUGGGAGGUCGUGUAACCUAGCCUGAGAAACUGCCCCGGAAACACCUGCUUGUCGUCCUUCCCCCCAGGCCUGGGGUGAGGGCUUGGCCUGGUAGUAAGACUUUCUUGAGCCUCUCCCAUGGCUGCCUGGAGGAGAUGGCUGUCACUCUCAUGAGUACUUUUAUCCAGUGAAGUUGACAGCUGGUGCCCUCGGAUUUUGGGACCUGCUGGAAGGCUAGGAGAAUGGACCAAAGGAUAGCUCAGUGGAGGAGACCUAGACAGAUUUCUGCUUAGUUUUCCUGACUCUUUCACUUCCUGUGAUGGUGGUGGGGGAGGGGUCCCCAGCUGUGGGCAUUCAACCCUGAAUGAGUGAGCACCCGCAGACUCAAGCCAGUCACACAGCAGGUAGCUGCACUCAGCCACCAUCCUUGAACCCUCUGAGGGUCCCCAAGUCCUGGACUUGUCCAAGCACUGGGGGGUUAGGGAGGGAGCUUUCAUCCCUCCAGCCUGACUGGUAAGUGAUUGCAUCUUAACAGGAUCCAGAGAAGCGUAAAAGAGUAAGGGAAACAUAGGAUAGCAGCUUUCCUGGUUUGUUUCACUAUUAGAGGUUUUGUUUUGUUUUAAGGAGAAUUAACCAUAGGGGUUAGAUAUUGGAGGUGAGUUUAAGAUCAAAGUAAAGUCUCCUGCCACAGUCCAGCCUAGAGUAGGGGACUUUUCUCCUGUGGCAUGGGGGUUUCUGAGGGAAAGUCUAAGCUCCAUCCCAGGGAGGGGAGGGGCUGGGGAAAGUCCUUCUGCUGGGAAUUGAGACAACCAGUCAAAACCAGUGCCUGUUCUCAGAGCUCCUGGUCAGCCUGGCCCAGGAGUGCUGACCAAAGCUGUCAGUGGGCAAGGCGGUGGACCUGUGUCUGUGUGGUUGGAGAGGAGUGUCCUCCCCCCUAGAGGGGGGCUUUGCAGAUUUCAGAAGGCCCUGCACAGACAAAUGUACGAAGACCUGAGAGUGCCUGUGAGUCAGUGAGUCAGCCUCCAGGAUUCCUGUGAAGAUGAGCCAGGCUGGGAGUUCUGUCAGUCCAUCUGUUGGUCUGUCUGCUUGCUGGCUCGUGUGUGUGUGUGUGUGUGUGUGUGUGUGUGUGUGUGUGUGUGUGGAGGUGGCAAUGGGGGAAGGUACCUGGCUGUUUUCCAGAGAAGGCUUGUUAUCAUGAUGGGGCCAGGUCUUAGGAGGCCAAAGUCUCUGGGAUUUGGAUUUGCAUGUUAGACUCAUUUGAGGGAGGAGGUACUGUGUUGUUUGGGGCUGGAGACACUACCAUGAACCUACAGCUUCUGGCCAGCCUGGAGGGUCCAGAGUCUGGGAGAUACCAUGGAAAGUAAGCUGAGGAUGGGGAAAACAUGGCUAGGCUGGAGCCUGCUACUUAACAGCUCCAUUAUCUUCAUUGCAGGCCGUCUGUCCUCAGCUCCUGGAACCCCCCAACAUCCCACUAUGGCUGGGCUACUGAAGAGGAAGUUUGACCAGCUGGAAGAGGACGACUCUAGCUCCUCCUCCUUGUCCUCUGGCAGUCUCUCUCUCUCCUGUUCCCCUGCCUCUUCUGCCUCCUCUGCCUGUUACUCCUCCUCCUUGUCCUCUGGCAGUCUCUCUCUCUCCUGUUCCCCUGCCUCUUCUGCCUCCUCUGCCUGUUACUCCUCCUCCUUGUCCUCUGGCAGUCUCUCUCUCUCCUGUUCCCCUGCCUCUUCUGCCUCCUCUGCCUGGAACUCUGAUGAGGAGAGACCGAGUGGUCAGGCACCCCACCCUGAUCAGGACUCCUGUGGCCUCCAGAGUUUCACUCCCCUGUCCAUCCUGAAGCGGGCUCCUCGGGAGCGUCCAGGUCACGUGGCCUUUGAUGGCAUCACCGUCUACUAUUUCCCACGGUGUCAGGGAUUCACCAGUGUGCCCAGCCGUGGUGGCUGUACUCUGGGCAUGGCAUCUCGUCAUAGUACCUGCCGCCUUUUCUCCUUAGCUGAGUUUGCACAGGAGCAGGUCCGGGCUCGGCGUGAGAAGCUCCGUCGUCGUUUAAAGGAGGAGAAGCUGGAGACGCUGAGGUCGAAGCUUUCAGUGGCUGGAGUUCCGAAGUCAGGGGCAGGCGUGCCUCUCACAGUGGAUGCCAUCGAUGAUGCCUCUGUAGAGGACGACUUGGCAGUGGCCGUGGCAAGUGGCCGCCUGGAGGAAGCGAAUUUCCUACAGCCCCAUCCACCUCGGCAGCGACGGGCCCUACUUCGGGCUUCGGGUGUUCGAAGGAUUGACCGAGAGGAGAAGCGUGAGCUGCAGACACUGCGCCAAUCGCGGGAGGAUUGUGGUUGUCACUGUGAUGGCGUCUGUUACCCUGAGACCUGCAGUUGCAGCCUGGCCGGCAUUAAGUGUCAGAUGGAUCACACAUCCUUCCCCUGUGGCUGCUGCAGCGAGGGCUGUGAAAACCCCAAUGGUCGAGUGGAAUUCAAUCAGGCAAGAGUGCAGACACACUUCAUCCACACGCUCACCCGCCUGCAGAUGGAGCAGGGUGCCGAGAGCUUGAGGGACCUGGAGUCCCCCGUGGAGGACACUCCGGUUGAACAAACGCUGGUUUCUCCCUUUCCGCCUUCCAAGCCCCCUGUGAGCAGUGAGCUGGGAGACAAUAGCUGCAGCAGCGACAUGACAGAUUCUUCCAUGACCUCGUCCUUUGGCAGCAGCGAGCCUCCAAACCACCUUGCCCACCCCAGCCUGCCAGGUCCCAGCUUCCGGUCUGGCGUAGAUGAAGAUAGCCUGGAACAGAUCCUGAAUUUAAGUGACUCUGACCUCGGUAUUGAGGAAGAAGAGGAGGAGGGAGGGUGUGUGGGCAACUUGGAUAACCUCAGUUGCUUCCAUCUGGCUGACAUCUUUGGUAACGGUGACCCCGGCAGCCUGGCCAGCUGGACUCACAGCCAGUCUGGCUCUAGCCUUGCACCGGGCAUCCUAGAUGAGAAUGCCAACCUGGACGCCAGCUGCUUCCUUAACAGCGGACUUGAAGAGUUGAGAGAAAGUAACCUCCCUGGCAGUUCUGGGUCCCCUGAGGGGGAGGCCAUCCAGAACAGCUUAUCCUCCUGUGACUCCUUUGAGCUUCUCCAGGCUCUGCCAGAUUAUAGUCUGGGACCUCACUAUACUUCCCGAAGAGUAUCUGGCAGCCUGGACAGCCUUGAGGCCUUUCACCCUUUGCCCAGCUUCUCUCCACCAAGGGAUGCCAGUGCUUGCUUCCUGGAGUCUCUCAUGGGCCUGUCUGAGCCAGUUACAGAUGUCCUGGCACCCCUUCUGGAGAGCCAGUUUGAGGACACUACCUUGGCACCUUUGAUGGAGCCUGUGCCAGUGUAAGGAUUUAGGUGCCUUUUUCCUGCCCCGAGACCCUGUUGCUGCUUUUUCUGUGAUCUUGGGGUUCCCCGAGGUCUAUGUAUGUAACGGUCUCCCAUGGGCUGGUCCUGCCCACAGUGCCAUGUGGGCACCCUCUAUUUUUACAUUAACACUCUGAAUUUAUUUAUUUUUUUAUGUUUUUCUGUACUGAAGGGAGGGUGGGGAGGGUAGUCCUCUUUCAAUGCCUGGUCUCUUUAUGUCCAAACAGAGGUCUUCCACCUCCUACUGUAUGCCUGGAGGAGGAAGGGGCGGGGGUUCUCCUGGAGCCUUGCAUAUCCCCUCUCUGUACUGUAAGAUGCUCCUUGGUUCAAAGACAGCGACAGCUGAAAGCAGGGCCUUCCGGUUUCCUGUGAACCAUAGGAGCUAGGUCUUCUGGACUGUGAAGAUGUAAUUUAUUUCUGUAAUUUAUUUGGAGUCCUGACACAGAAGUGGUUGAGCCUCUCUGUCAGGUGGGCAGUGUUGGGGCCCAGUCUUCAGUGUACCCUGCCAGUCUUAGGCUUUGGUGUGGCGUGUGGGUUCGAGCUUCUGAUCUCCUAUAUCAAACAGUGGCCUGGCUCAGCUAAGCAGCCAGAGGCUGUGCUUGACCAGCGGUGACCAAAACCCCCCUCUUCUCCCUUGCCCAGACACUCUCCAUGCUCUCUGUCCAGUUCUCUCUCCCUCAGGCCAUGGGUUAUAAAGCCCCUCUGUAGGAUGGGGAGCUAGAGGCCCCAAGAGGGGUAACAGGCUUGCCUAGGACAUGAAGCAUACCCCAGAUUGUUGUCUUAGGCCUUUCUGGGCACUGAAUCCAUCCUGGCCCACCACACGCCCCCAGGCAAGUUGGCAAGGGGUGGCUCUUGAGGACUUUGAUGCCCUUCAUUAGCUGAUGUCGGAUUUUAUAUGCAUUUUUAUAUUGUCUCUAAGUGUCAGAACUAUAAUUUAUUCAUUUCUUUGUGUGUGUGUGUGUGUGUGCCAAGAAAUGCAGGCUCUGGGCCUGCCUCCUUCCUCAGGAGGCCUUGCCAGCCUGUGUGCUUGUGGGAACACAUUGUACCUGAACUGACAGGUACCAAUAAAGACGGUCUAUUUUUAA